AUGGCAAAAAGUUCAAUGAUCUUUCGAUCAUUAUCCAGUGGAAGAGCGCAACAGUUUCCAAAGCACUCUGCAUGCAAGUCUCAUGUAAAUUGUGUUUAUGUCAACGGAGGAUGGUCUAACUGGGGGAGCUACGGGGGUUGGUCCACCUGUAGUAAAACCUGUGGGUCAGGUACUCAGCUGCGGUCAAGAACUCGCACCUGUAACAACCCCCUCCCCCGCAACGGUGGCUCCUACUGCUCCGGGUCCAGUGUUAGCACGGACAGAAGGUCGUGUAACACACAAGGAUGCCCAGUAAAUGGUGGAUGGUCUAGCUAUGGUUCCUUUACGGCUUGGACGCCAUGCUCCGCCUCUUGUGGAGGAGGCAAGCGAUCGAGGUCCCAAACUCGCACGUGCACAAACCCAUCGCCUGCCAAUGGGGGCAAAUCGUGCUCCGGAAGUGGCACUAAGACUGAGACACAGAGCUGUAACACCCAACACUGUCCAAUUCAUGGAGGUUGGUCAACUUAUGGCGCUUUCGGUAAAUGGAGCGAAUGCACCGUGUCCUGUGGCGGUGGCAAAAUGCAGCGAUCGCAGACACGCACGUGCACCAACCCAGCGCCCCAAUAUGGCGGAAACUCGUGUUCUGGAAGCAACACUAACACAGAGACAAAGGAUUGCAAUACUCACAACUGCCCAAUUGACGGUGGUUGGUCCGGUUAUGGGACAUUCACUGACUGGAAUGAAUGUUCAGUUUCUUGUGGCGGAGGACAACAAAAAAGAUCGCAAACGCGCACGUGCACAAACCCGGCUCCUCAGUAUGGCGGGAAAAGUUGUGGUGCAGAUAACACCAAUAUUGAACAACGGGAUUGCAACACUCAACCCUGUCCAAUUGAUGGUGGGUGGUCCGCCUAUGGAGACUUCAGUGCCUGGGGCACGUGCACUGUGUCCUGCGGUGGAGGUAUGCAGGAGAGAUCACAGACACGCACGUGCACCAAUCCAGCCCCGCAAUACGGCGGGCAAGCUUGUGACGGAGAAAGCAUAAAUACAGAGGAACAGGAAUGCAAUACCCAUCACUGUCCAAUUGAUGGAGGCUGGACGGAAUUUGGGGCGUGGGACGAGUGGGGAGCUUGCUCUGUCACGUGUGACGGGGGAUCUCAGUCACGUGACAGGAGGCGCACCUGUACUCAACCAGAACCACAAUAUGGCGGGAAACCUUGUGACGGAAGUCAAACCGAAACAGACACGCGCGAAUGCAACACAUUCAAAUGUCCUCAGACAAUCUGUAACGAGGCUGUGACGGGAUACAGGGCCCAUCCUACCGAUCCUAAUCGCUAUCUACACUGUGUGGACAGUCGUCUUCACAUUGUCAACUGUUCUGACCCCCGGCUACAGUGGAAUGACCACAGUCAGACGUGCACUUUCGCCAGCAGUGUAGAAAGUUGUAAUGAAGGGGAGUACUUCCCUCACUCAACAGACUGCACCAAGUUCAUCCAGUGUACAAACAGAGUUGGAAUUGUCCAGUCCUGUCCCUUCGGAACUCGCUGGGAUAACGACAAGAAACCUGCUCCUGCCUGCGUAAACGAGGCUGAGGUUGCGUGCGCAUCAGAUAUGGAGGAAGAGGAAGAUGAACCUUCCAAUGACACAGAUAUUUUUACAUGUCCAAGCAACUUUGGUUACUUUCCGCACCCCACAGACUGCACUAAAUACUACCAGUGUUCGUGGUCCACACCUACAGAACUGACGUGUCCUAACAACAUGGGAUGGGACGCCGCAAUCACCAACUGUAACUGGAAGGCAGCUCUCACUAACUGCGAUUAAUAUGACUGAGCAACUUUGACACUUUGUCUAUUUUUCCGGUUGUAAACUUUAAUAUUUAGUUGUCUAUGAUCUGAUGACAUCUUUAUUAAUCUGUUAAUUAAUCGGAUUUAAUUAUUUGUGUUAAUUACCCGUGCGUUUUUUUCUGUU